CCUAUUAACUAUGUAGUUAUUACUUUGCUCCUGGGCGGAAAUCUCAGGGACUCAUUUAGUGCAAUACAUGAGUCAUUUUAUCUAUUGGUAUGAAGCUGUAGAAUUAUUAGAAAAAGCCAGAGAAGCACUAUAGUAUCCAUAAAAUACAGCAACCAUGUAAUGAUUUGUCAUACAAUCAUAAUGUCUUUACUCGUAAGCUUUUCCUUUCACUUGAAAAGACCUUUGUCACUUGCGGUGACGGAGCCACUGUUUCAUAGCAACCAUUGUGAAGUAGUGGUGCAGGAGGGCGGCACUGAGAAGGCUGUCAGGGAGAAUUUAAAGAGUUGCUACAUCCAAACAGCUGAUCACUUCUUGUCACAAGGAGGGACAAACACCAAGACCCAAGGCCAAACAUUAAGAAGAAGAAUUAAGAUAAUAGUAAAUGGUGAAGAUUAAGUGCCAAGAUGGCAGAGGGGGAUGAUGACAAUACACCACAGGCUCUAGUGUUUCGCCUACAUGUCAAUGCUCCACGCGUUGUACGGGAGGUUCUACUGGAACGUGGUUGGGAGGAAUUUGAUGACGAAAACCAAAGUGAAGCAGAGUGGAACCUGUACUGGAGAACGUCAGCAUUCCAAACAUCCAACCAUGAUAACAUAAAACCAUGGCAACGGCUUAAUCAUCAUCCCAGGACAGCACAGAUAACCAAGAAAGACUGUUUGGCCAGACAUUUAAAACGAAUGAAAGGAAUUUAUGGAUCAUCCUACUUUGACUUUAGCCCUAUUGUAUUUAUUUUACCAAAUGACUACACAAAGUUCUUAGCUGAAUAUACAAAAGAAAGACAUGAAAAAAAGUCAGGUUAUUGGAUUUGUAAGCCAACUGACAUGUCAAGAGGUAGAGGAAUAUUCCUUUUCCAAGACAUCAAGCACUUGGCUUAUGACUGCCCUGUCAUUGUUCAGAAAUAUAUCACAAACCCAUUACUAAUAUCUGGCUAUAAAUUUGACCUACGUAUUUAUGUGUGUGUUACAUGUUUCUGUCCACUGACUAUAUAUAUCUACCAAGAAGGACUAGUUAGAUUUGCAACAGAGAAGUUUAGUCUCAGUUCACUUGAUAAUAUAUUUGCUCAUCUAACUAACACCAGUAUUAACAAGUACAGCACUUCAUACUCUGCAGACAAAGAGAGGGUUGGAAGUGGAUGCAAGUGGACCCUUGGUCAGUUUCGAUCAUAUCUUCGCAGUUUAGAGGUUGAUGAUGUUUUACUAUGGCAGAGAAUAUAUAACAUAGUGACAAUGACCCUGUUAUCCAUUGCUCCAACCAUACCUCAAUAUCCCAACUGCUUUGAGCUUUUUGGUUUUGACAUUCUCAUUGAUGAUACAUUAAAGCCAUGGCUUUUAGAGGUGAACUUUAGCCCCGCAUUGUCCUUAGAGUGCCCUAAUGAUGUAACUGUGAAAAAAGGUUUGAUCAAUGACAUCAUUGAUCUUCUCAACUACAAAUCCUCCGAUGUGCAAAGGGGCAACAGCGGAAAAGACUUUACCAUGUCUCAUUUCUUACAGCCUUCUACAAAACGAAUAUCUCAUGGCUAUGAUAGUAUUUCACAGUAUUCUGGUGAUUUGAAAAAAACAUGUUUUAUGAAAAAUGGUAAAGCUAAAGAAAACUUUGAUCACUUUGAGAGCUCUAGGCAUCCUUCCUGUAAGAAUUAUGGACUGCAAAAUGAAUGUGAAAAAGCAUUAAUCAAAAAAGGACUUAGUGGCGUAAUGUGUAAUUGCAAUUCAAUGGAAAAUUCUUUACCAGAAUCUAAAGAAGAUAUUGUGAACAGAGACAUUGUGUCAAGUGGGAAGACGUGUCCUCGAAAGACACUAACUUCAAAACUACGAGAGAAAAUGAAUAUGCCUCAAAGAUUAGGUGCUUCAAAAUGGCCAUUAGUUCUGAACACUUCAAGAGCCAAGGCAGGUGUAAAAAAUAUUGUGAAGACUAAACAGUGUAGACUUAAUGACUACACUGCUUUUCCUUUAUAUUAUAUUUUGGAUGCAAGCCAAAUGCCACCUGCUCAUGUAGGUGAUUUCCUCCUCAUCUUCCCUUUUAAUCAACCUUCAUUCCUUGCAUCAAAAAAUGGAGCAGAUGUCAAAAGCAUAAUUCAAGAAAUGUUUAAGAUAAUGCAAAAAAUGUCAACGAAUAAAAAAGUGGCCUGAUUUUUAACACAACAUUCCUUAAAGGGGUACUCUGGUAGAAAACAAACUUUUUAAAAUCAACUGGUGGCAAAAAGAUAAACAGAUUUGUACAUGACUUCUAUUAAAAAAUCUCAAUCCUUCCAGUACUUAUCAGCUGAUGUAUGCUACAGAAUAAGUUGUGUAGUUAUUUUCUGUCUGACCACAGUGCCCUCUGCUGACACCUCUGUCCAUGUCAGGAACUGCCCACAGCAGGAACAAAUCCCAUAGCAAACCUCUCCUGCUCUGGACAGUUCCUGACAUGGAUAGAGGUGUCAGCA